AUGAUUUAAGAAGCAAAAACAAUCUCAUCUUCUUCAUCUUAAGAAACAAAAGGUUAUUUUGAGAUGAUAGAAAACUAAACAAGAAUUUUUUCUUUUGAACAAAGAUUGAUUUUAAAAUUGAUUUCUGAAAAUUCAAAUAUUUUUAUAAUGGCUGAAGAAGUUCCUUACAAUAUAUCAUAAAUUAUGAACAAGAGCUAUUUAAUAGAUAAUCAUCCAAUUAUUGGAUCUGGAAGUUUUGGAAUUGUAUGUAUGUGUAAACAUCUAAUUUCACAAUUAUAUUGCGCAGUAAAAGUUCAUUAAAGAUGUUAAUCUGAAGACAUUCUAUAAUAAGUGAAUGAAUAUAAAAUUUAGUGUAUAUUAAACAAGAAAUUUCCUUAAAGCUUUUUAUUAUUAAUAGAUCGAGUUUACAUAAUUUAAGAAUCCCUUAAUUAUUUUACUACAUUUGCUGGUAUGGAAAUGGGAAUUACAACUUUAUCUGAAUAUGUGGCUAAAGUUAAUAUUGAAUAUUAGGAAUUUUUAAGUAUAUAUCAUUCAAUCUUACAAUAAAUAUUGGAAAUGCAUUCUCUAAGAAUUGCUCACAGAGAUAUUAAACCAGCAAAUAUAAUUUAUACAUUAAAAGGUUGGAUACUUAGUGAUUUUGGUUGUUCUUUAUAGUAUAAAUAUUAAAAAGGAAAGUAUUUAAUUUCAGGAACUAAAUAAUAUUUGCCUAAAAAUUUAAGAGAAUUAUUAAAAACUAAUUUUUCAUAAAUAUAAUGUGAUUAGAAUCUUUUUAAUAAUGAUAUAUACUCAUUCUUGAUCACUAUGUUAUAGAUUUAUAAGAAAAGUCACUCAAUUUUACAGUUAUAAAAGAUGUUAGAUGAUGAUUGCCUUUUAAAAGACUUACCUAUAGAAUUUUAAAUUUAUGGUAAAAGUUACAAUUAUAUUAAAUUAAAUGUGCUAGUCGGAUUAAAUAAAAUCCCUAUAUUACCAAGUUAUUUAUAAGAAAAAUAAGCAUAAAUGUAUUCAAUCUUCGAAGAUAAAUUUUAGAACGAAGACUACUUAAUGGAAUUAAUGAUCAAAUAAAAAAAAAUACUGAAGUUUUCUGAAGAAACUAUUUGGAACACAUAUGGUUUAAAUAAAUAUUCAGAUUUUAAUAAUUAUGUUCUAUAGAGUAUCUAUAAUACCUCAAAUGUCGAUCAUAUUAUAUAAAAAUAUAAUGUAUUGCUACUUAAUGAAUUUCAAUUAUUAGAUGAUAAAUCUCUAUUAGAAAUUAACUCAUCAACAAAAGCAUGGUAAUAUAAUCUUAUUUAGAAUUAUUAUUUUCGACUAGGAAAUUUUGAAAAAUAAUAUUAAGCUUGCCUAGAAAUGCAAAAGUAUUCCGACGAUGCUUAAAUAUAAUACAAACUAUUUGAAAUUGAAUGUUUAAUAGAAUAAGAUUAAUAACAAAAGGCUCUUUUAAUUUUAGAAGAGUUAGAUAAUUAGUAAUAUUUACUUGAUGAUGUAUCAUAUGUAAAAUUAGAAUUAUUAAGAACUUAUUUAGAAAAAAAUUGUCUUGAAACAGUAAACGAACUUUCAAAACACUUAAUGAAAGUUUAAACAUUUUUUUAAAGCAGUAUUCUUAUUUAAAGACUUUCCUUUAAUUUUUCUUGGAUUAUUUUAUAAUACAAUACUCUUGAUAAUAUGAUAACAAUGGAUAAUUUAAGUAUUCCUUACUAAUUUUUCCUUGAAUAAAAUUUUAAAAUAUUUGGAAUAUAGGCAAACACUCCUAAAGAAAUAAUAAAACAAUUAGAAUAAAGAGGAGCAGAUAAGUAUGGGAUUAAGAUAAUACUUUUUAUUUUAGCUUCUAGUACUAAUUUUGGUUUUCAAUAAAAUGAUAAAAUUAUUAUAGAUGAUCUUUUUGAAAUAAUUAUUGAAUAUUAUGAAAAAUUUCAAUUUUAGGAUGUUUGGGAAAUUUAUUAUUAUUAUUCAAUUUAUAGUUCAAAGAAAAACUAAUACAAUAAGGCUUUAUCGUUAGUUAUUAAAGCUAUGAAAAUAGUAGAUUAUAGCAAUAAUCUAUAUGUUUUAUAAAUAUUGUUUUAAUAAAUUCAUUGUCUGAUUUGUCUUGGCUAAUCUUAAGAAUAUUAAUAAAAUUUACUACAAAUAUUAAUUAUAAUUAAAUAAAUAAAAUGUAAAUAAUCUCGAUUAAAUUUAAUAAAAAGGAUUGUGAGAGUAAAUUAUUUGGCUUUUACAAAGAAUAAAUUUACAAGCCAAAUUUUUAAUAUGAUGAAGGAAUGCUUAAAUUAGGAAUCAUUUACAGAAAUUUUGCACAUUUUAUAUAAAUUAGAAUGGGAAACAGUUUUAAUGAGUCAACAGCCAUUAAAACUUUUAAAAUUAUUUAAUAAUAAAAUGUUAUCAAUUUGUGAAUAUACAGAUAAUAAUGAUUAAGAUAUUUUAAAGUGUAUUUAAAAUAUUGUAGUAAUUUCAAGAUAAAAAGUCAAUGUUGAUUAAAAAAAGGAGAAUGUAGAUAUUGCAGUCAAUUUUUCAGCCAGACUAAUACAAAAUAUUCUAAUUUUUGAAGACUUGUUUAAAUUUAAUUAAACUGAAACAUUAAAUAUUUAAAAUGAAUCAUUGAAAUAUUUAUAUUUAAACAAUUAUUUUGAAAAUAAGGAUAAAUCCAAAGAAGCAUAUAAUAUAAUUUAAGAAUAUGAUUAUUAUAAUAAUUAUAAAUGA